AUGCACUUUUCUCGAGCGAUGCGCCGGCCACGCCGCACCGCGCCGCUCCUCCCACUGGCGCCGCUGCUGCUGCUGCUGCUGUGCGCCGCCGCUGGAUGCCUCGCCGCCGCUCCCGCCGGAGUUGCGCAGGGGGAAAAGGCAUCGCAGGAGCCACGGCAAGACGAGGGCACAAGUGACACUCCAAAAGGCCCAGAAGGUGGUGAUAAACAGCUGAGUGCUGACGGCACACAGUCGGGCAGUGGCGCGGGGCCGGAGAAGAGAGACACCGUUACGGCACCACAGAGCCCAGAUCGCAGCGAGAACGGGGAGCAGAAGCCGGCAAUGACACCAGCACCGGCGCCACAAGCGGACGGCAAGGCGGUGCUGACGAAAGCAAAUGCACAAUCAGAGGAAGCCAGACGAGGUGGGGACGCAGGCAGCCUUUCACCGAGGGUAAAAGGCGAGGUUGAGGUAAAAGACCCAGGUCAAGAAAGAAGCCAAGAAGAUCAAGUUCAAGUUGUCAAGGAAGAAGGCCAUGGUCAACAAAAAGACGAGAAAGUGGAAGUGCCACAAAAUACAAAAGAGGGUGGGGAGACACUCCCAUCAACAACACAAUCAGUCGGAGGAGAAGGAGCUGGUCAGCGCCAGGUUGAUGCGCAGCAUGCAACAGGAGGAAUUCCCGCGGCCACAACUCUUCCACCUCCCUCCGUCAGUAACCCUGCAGCCGGCAGUCCGGCUGCACAGAGCAGUGGGGACGGUGCUGGCACAGGCGCCACGCACCCCGAUGUCGCUGAUGCACCGAGAGGCAGUGCAGGGGAAAAAACAGUGCAGGGCACUGCCAACAAAGCAGAUCGGAACACCGCCACUAAGACCGACAGUAAGCAGGGGAGUGGAGUUGCUGGAGUUUCUCCCACGCCCGGAGAUUCUGCGACCGUGAGGGACCCGCAGGGGACAAGGGCGGAGAGUGCGCCGCUGCGACCAGCAGGCGAGCCCGAAGCCGUCCCAGAGGCGCCACGGGCAACGAAAACACCGCCGGAAGCCAAAGAGAACGGGAGCUCAACCGGAACUCAGCAAAAACCGGGGGAGGCCGCAGUUACCGCAGGGAGUGCGUCGGCCGGCGGUGUUGCGGCGCAAGGGGCUUCGUCGCCUUCUUCUCCGAGCGGCGGUGCUCCUGCCAGCAGCAACGCCGAAGGGCCCACUGAGAAGACUCCCGAGGCCGUCCAAACUUCUGAGGGUGCGCCGACGCAAGAAGAAGGGGACCAACAACGUGAAACUGCCGCUGGCAGUGCGAGGGACAAAGCACCGGCGGCAGAGGCCUCCACCAACACAACCGACGCAGCGACUCCGGCAGCUGGCGGAGCAGGAGCCGCAACACCGCCAGCCACGACCGCCACGAAAGCAGAGAAGCCGGCGCCCGGCGACAGUGACGGCAGCAGCGCCGCGGCAUCGCACUCCGCCUCCCCCCUUGCGCUUCUUCUGCUUGCGUGUGCGGCUGCCGCUGCGAUGCUGGCCGCGUGA